UCCUACGCAAGCAGCAGACUCAUCACUUUCCCUUUUGAAAUGGCUCUGCGUUUCGCUGCACUCUCCCUCUUCUUGUUCUUCCUUUGCAAUCUGGUUAGGGCUGAUCGUGUUCUGGAAGAUGGGUACGAGGUGACGACGGUGUUCGACGGCCGAAAACUACAGGUCAACCCACGCGUCGUCCAGACUCUACCAGGAUCGUUCGAGCUGAUCGUCCUCGAUUCCCCCGGAAGCACAUUCUACACUGUAUCAUUUCCCUUGUCUUCGGAUAGCAAGGUUAAACGGGUUGCUGGGGAUGGAGUUUCGGGUAAUUCGGAUGGUGAAGCAGGUAAGAGCCGGUUUGAUAAGCCUCGGAGUUUUGCUGUGGAUGCUAAAGGGAACAUCUAUGUCGCCGAUAGGAACAAUAAAUCCAUACGCAAGAUCAGUCUUUCAGGUACUGUUACCACCAUUGCCGGAGGUGUCUCAAAGGAGCUUGGACGUACGGACGGACCUGCACAAAAUGCAACUUUUUCAAAUGAUUUCGAGUUCGAGAUAACUUUUGUCCCUCUCAGAUGUUGUUUGCUUAUUUCUGAUCAUGGAAAUCAGUUGAUUCGCCAGAUCAAUCUGAAGAAGGAGGAUUGCCCUGGAAACUCUCAUUCCAAGUUGGGGAUGAUCUCAGUUUGGACUGUAGGGUUUCUUGUCCUUUCACUACUUCUCGGCAUAGCCAUCGGAAUUGCUGUUCGCCCUUGUGUCAUUCCUCGUGAAGGCGGGAACCUCCUCUCGUUCAUCACGACAUGGAAGCCUUUCCUAAUCAAACUGGGGAAACAAGUGCUGACUCUCUUCUUCGACAUCAGAAACGAAGCUGCUAGAUCUAGUGUCUAUUCCGUACUAAGUAGACUAGUUAGACUAAUCUUAUCUCACAUUUCCCUGAUGUCUCAACUCAACUAUGUAAUUAUUCAACCAAUCCAACCCAAAAAGGCUGCUCCUUUACUCGACCCUGAUAGCCCUACCUGUAGUAAGGCGAAACCGUCGCAGAGAAUCUCCUGUGAUCUGAAGGAUUUGAUAAGUUUCGACGAUGCCUUAGAUUUGAAGAAAGAUGAACAAUGUACUGUCCAAGAGUUGAACACUGUCUCAUCUGGAUCUAAUGGAAGGAUAGAUGAUAUGAUAAAGGCUCAGGUUGAAGGGUUCUCUAAGACGGCUGAGGAGAAUUCUGCAGUUUUUGGUUCUUCCUUUGGCGAAUUGGGUUUGGCCAGGAGGAGGAAAGUAGCUCAAGGGAAUGGCCCGAUGUGAUGUUCUUCCUUUUUUUUGUGUGUGUAUGUAUUUCUACUUUAUUAUGUUUAACUUCAACAUCUACAAGUGGAUUGAUAUCGAGCUAA